GAUACGAACAGGAGUGUGUCGAAAACUACAUGAAAACGAGGACUUCUGAUUCCCGGCUUUCCGUUGUUGACGAGAAGGAAAACAGUCGUGCAGUCAGUGACUACAUAAAAAAGCGCGGGAAACGGCGGGCGCCGUUGGCAGACGAAAUCAAACGUAGUCAGAGCACAGACAGACCUUUGGACGUCCCUCGUCGGUCCGACAGUAGCCUGACCACGCGCAGUCUACCGUCGCCGGCGACGCUGAGAACCGUGGAAGAGGAGAAAGACGAGAUAAUGAACACCCUGACGACAGCAAAUCGCCAGAAAGAGGCUGAGCGGCUACGUCAGUUGGAGAUAAUCGAAGCCAGACGCACAAAAAGACGUCAGCAAAAACAGACGACAGAGGAAAAAGCUCUGGAACUUCUUGAAAAGGCAGUUGCUAUGGAUAAAAUGCUUUCCGAACGAAAAUUGGAACAGGAUCAACAGCUUCAAGAACGACUUGAAGAUGCGAGAAGAAAACGCGCCGAAUCUCGAGUCGGUAACUACGACGACAGUAAAUCCAUGGACAGUAAAUCGAAAAGUAGGUCUGCAGAAGGGAAAGAACUCAGAGAAGACAAACGAACUGAGAGACCACCUGAGAGCGAUCGCAUCGGUGAGAAAGACCGAACGAGUGAAAGGGACGAUAAACGUGAGAAAAGAAGCGAACGGGAAAAAGAUAAAAGAGAUCGAAGUGACAGAGAGAAGGAAGAACGAAGAGGUGAGGGAGAUCGGAAAAGCGAAAAAAUCGAACGAACGAGUGAAAGUGACGGAAAACGUGAGAAGAGAAGUGAACGAGAAAAAGAUAAAAGUGAUCGAAGUGACAGAAAGAAGGAAGAACGCAGACAUGAAGGAGAUAGAAAAAGCGAAAAAAGCGAAAGCAAAAGUGAUCGUAAAGACGAUAGCAAACGUGACAAUCGUGAAAGGACAGGCGAGAAGAGGAGUGAAAGCAGAAGUGAUAGGAAAGACCGGGAAAGAACAGAGAACAAAGAAGACCGACGGGAAAGGUCCGACAGGGAACGAUCUGAUCGCUCAGACAGAAAAGAAAGGAGUCACCGAUCGAGUAAAAGUAGUUCUUCUGAAAAUAAAGAUCUUGAUGCGCCAAAGAGUGAGAAAGUUAGCAAGGAAGAGAAAAAGGCUUCUGACUACGACUUCACAAUUUAUUAAGAAUUUCAUACUGAGAAAUAUAAUUAUAUAAAGAGAAAUCGUUGCUUUAUUAGUUCAAGUCAAUUAACGAACGUCGACAAACAUAAAAUAUUAAACGGGUAAAUAAAUUCACAUGUUGUGUUAGAUUACAACAGUUUGUGUGAAUUUCCACAAAGAUACUAGUGUUAUUUGCAGUGUGAUUGUUUUUCUUUUUUAAAACGAUGUUUUUUUGUCUAACCAUGUUUGCUUUGAAAUAGUCAAAGAGUGUCGUAUGCUUGAGAUUACCUACUUAUUAUUUGCCCCAUGCACAUGUGUCAGCUCAUACGUAAAGCGCCGACUUACAUUUUCUCCAUGUACUCUAUGAACGUCCAUGGACGGGUUAUGUUAGACAAUUAUAGGAAAACGCGCUCCUCUCGACAACUACCUCGAAAACAUCUUAGUUACUUUCGAAAUGUGUGCGUUGUACUUUAUUUAAAUGUUGUUUCGUUAUUUUUGUUAAAAUGAAAUUUAAUUCUUAUGAUUUAGUACUCUUACCUUAUUUUAUGCUGUAAACGUAUUCAUGAUUUUAGCACACACUAUUUUAACAGGCAAUUAUAACAGCCUAAAAUAGAAGUCCAAUUUGUAAAACGAGUUUGCUGUUCGUUUGAACAUAAAACUUAUAAAGAAUAACCUUGCAUCUGCUUUAUUUGAUCUAAGGGCAAUAACCAUUAUAAUGUACGCCAUAUGAAGUAAUCUAUUGAAGAUUGCACGUACAAUACCAUAGCAUUGCACAUAAUAUAAUAAGUGAUUCAUUUCAGACUUACCAAUAAAAUACUUUAUGAAUGAUAAGUCAAAAGCUGUGUGAAGUUCCGGAUAAAGCACCAUUGGGGCCCAUAGGCAAUGUAACAUGUGGAGCCUACGCACCAGGCUCCUAAACGGCAUAACGCUUACCAGAGACCAAUGCUCAGUCGAUUUCACUCGUUUAAAAUAAGCCUUCCAAUAAAGCAAUUGGCUUUUUAAAGUCAUUAUAUAAGGCUAGGUAAGUAAAAUGUUAAGGAUUUUACGAUACACUUACAUCACGAACAUCAUCUCUAUGGCCGUCAAAUUUUCUGGACAAAUUACCUUGCAUGGAUCAUUUAUUAAAUUAUUCGUGCAGUCAUUUAUCGGUAGAUUGUUUUAGAUAUUUUGAAUGAACAUAAAUCUUGUAUGUAUAAAAGAGAAAUGGAACUUGAACUUCGAUACAUUUUUUUUAAGUGAAUGUUAAUGUUUCUUUUCAUAUGCGCUGAAAUGGACUUUUGAUAUGCGCAUUUUAUUUAAUACACACAGCAGCAGUUCAAACAAUUUAUUACAUGUUUAAAAUAUAUAAAUGUUAUUGAUUUAUCUAUUUAAAUACAUGAGUCUAUUUUUAUGGUUUACUUUGCAGGUUUUCCAUUUGAGUUUCUAUUGUCUUUUCUUAAUGUUUGGUUUAGUAAACAGCGUUUUUUUUUUCAAUAUAGAAUAUUCGAUAAAUUGGGUAUGAUUCAAUAUUGCACCUUAUUCUCUUUUUAGGAAAAUACCAUACGAACGUUCUUAUUGUCUUUAUAAAAGAGUAUUUCGUUUGGCACUUAGCCGGACCUUAUGACUCAGUCACAAAUUAUCCGGUCGCUAGCCGAUGUGUCCGAUCUCCAGGUAUCUGGAAGACUGGACACGUCGGAGCCGUCCGCCGUCCGAUGAGUGACACAGUUUAAUUACCAGAUAUUAACAUUUAUAACAAUGUAUCUAUACCACUUGGUCCGUGAUGUCAAGUUUACUCUUAACGCAAAAGAAAUAAUGUGCCCCACGAACGAAUUUCACAUCAGUUUAAGUAUCUUAAUUGCACCCAGGGCAUCAAAUUAAGUAUUUUAUUGCGUUUAUCUCAUAUUUGAAUGUGUUGUUAUUUUAUUUUCAUUUUUUGUAAUACAUGAAUUUGUGUUAAUAAUAAAAAUCAUUCUUAGCAA